AUGACUCCAUCAGAAAUCCAUGAAGAUAUGGUAAGAACCUUAACAGACAAUGCUCCUUCAUAUGCAACAGAGAAACGCUGGGUAAAUGAAUUCAAGCAUGGCAGGGAGAGUGUAAUAGAUUAUCCAAGACUAGGGAGACCUCCAACUGCAACCACCAAGGACACCCCUGACCCAGCUCUUGGUAUGAUAAUGCAAGAUCGUCGAAUAUCAUGUCCUCAGAUAGCCGAGACACUGGGCAUCUCAACUGAAAGAGCAGACAACAUUGUAACAAAAGAACUUGGGUUCUCAAAGGUUUUUGCAAGGCGGAUCCCUCGCCUUUUGACCCCUGAACAGAAACGCACCAGGUGCAUUUUGUCCACAAGCAAUCUGGAACUGUUUGAAACCGAUGAAGUGAAUUUUCUUGCUCGUUUCAUUACUAUGGACGAAAGUUGGGUUCAUCACUACCAGCCUGAAGCCAAAGAACAAUCAAAGCAGUGGAAGCAUGCAUCUUCUCCUACCCCAAAGAAGGCCAGGGUCAAUUCUUCAGCUAGCAAGGUCAUGGCAUUGGUUUUUUUGAAUUCUCAAGUUGUCUUGCUGAUCGAUUACCUUGAAAAGGACUUAGCUCCCUCUGACUUUCAUAUUUUCCCAAAAAUGAAAAAAGCCCUGGCUGUUCACCAUUUUGCCAGUGACAAUGACAUCAUAGAUGCUAGAGGUCCCAAAUAUUUACAGAUCCCCGCUUGGCUCUCUGGAUCUUUGAUAGAUGUAUUGACUGCCUGCCCCCACCUCAUUUCUCAGGUCCUGUUGAUAAGAUAA